AUGGCGUAUUGCUUCUAUGCUACGGUGGGUGGCUUUCCAGAAAGAGGAAGCUGGAGCCAUCGAGGGCAGACGAUAGGACCCAGAAGGCAGUGCCCUGAUCCAAGUAGAAAGACCCUGCAAUGUAACAUCUCUUUCGUUGCGCGUCCAACAAUGAAACUAAUGCGGAGCAUGUUCAAGUCACUGCAAAGAAGCUUAAAUCAUAAGAACCCACGCCGCUUUCGAGCGCCUUCGUGCAAAACCGAGGGUAGACUCAUGGCUUGCCGCGGUUUUCUUCCUGGAUGGUUGAUCUGUGCUGGGGCAUAUGCAACGGCUGUUUGGAGGCCUGCGCCUGAUUUACUUGGUUUCCGAUUCCCGACCUGCCCAUUUCUAAAAAAAAUAAUCCUCGAUUCUGAGAAUGUCUGGUGCUUUCAUUAA